AUGAAGGAGAUCAUCUACAUCCAAGCAGGUCAACUCGCGAACUUUGCCGGCACACACUUUUGGAACACACAGGAGGCGUAUUUCACGUAUGGCGAGGAUGAACAGUCGGAGAUUGACCAUGAUGUGUCGUUCAGAGAGGGGUCCACUGUAAAAGGGGAAUCGACAUACUCGCCGAGACUACUUCUCUUUGAUCGAAGGUCUAACUUCGGCAGACUCUCGAGCACCAGUGGCCUGUACAACUCAGAAGAGGAUGAUCUCCAGGAGGAGUUUCUAUGGAAUAAUGGGGUGGUAGAGUCUCGUCAAGAUCGUAUCCCCCAAAGCAACUACCACUUGCAACUCGAUCGCGAAGCAGAUGAUGACGACAGUCCCAAAAACGAUGAAGACGGGGUUGCACCCCAAGUUUUAGACUCUGAUGUUCGCUUCUGGUCGGACUAUAGUCGUGUGUUCUUGCACCCGCGGUCCAUGCAGCGGCUCCCAGACCCACCUGACUGGGAGAGCACCGAAGGCAACUGGGCUUGGAGCAAGGAUGCGUUCGAGCGGUAUAACACCGGUAUUCAAGUCAUGAACGACACUUCUACUUUUGGUGGCUUCACUAAUUCGUUCCUGACCACAUAUCGGGACGAGUUCCCAAAGCUCCCAUGCCUUGCAUUUCCGCUCCUGUCGCACAACCUCCCUGGUCAUGUCGACAAUGGCGACGACAUAGGCAUGCGGGCGGUCAUCAACGAUGCGUUAUAUCUGCACAGUUUGGCAUCAUUGUCCACCAUGACCGUCCCGGUGCAGGCGCCCGGAACUUGGGUGGCCGGGGAAUGGCUGAACGGGAUAGACUUAUAUCAUAAAAGCGUAUUUCAGACGUCUGCGAUUCUCUCAACCCACAUCGAGAGCGUGACCCUGCCUCUCCGGUUGAAAGGAUCCAUGGAGGACCUUGAUAGUAUUUGCGGCGCCUUGAACUGGGGUGGAAGCAACCGCUUCGCGCAUCUAUCUGGCGUGUUCCCAUUACCAACACCUCCUCAAGCUGAACGGGAUUUUGCGCGAAGGUCAUAUGAUUUCUCGCUAACGUCCGGAGGCAAAAAGAAAGCGGGGGAUGAGCAGACCACACGUCUGGAAUUCGCGAGAAUUUAUGUCGCCAGAGGCUUCUCGUCUUCUGACCGGAGAACCCUGGAUGCGUGGACGGAAUCACGACGGCCAUUUCCGUACACCAUAUUCGCGCCUGGAUACCCUAUUCCGUCGUCCUUCCCGACGUUUCUGGAGUCACCCCCUCCGUCCACAGGCAACAAGCUGCGUGCCCCUACGGCUCACGUCCUCUCGUCACUGCAUACGACUUCGCAUACGUCGGAACUUUUCGCAGCGUAUUCUACGGUCGUUGACGAUUGCGUUCGACGGGGCGCUGAGGUGCUGAGCGUUAUGGGGCUGGAGAAGGACGACGUGAUCGAACUGAGGGACGGUCUAUGGGCACUGCGGGAUACGUAUGUCGGGCUAGAAGAGGGGGAUGCGGUCGUGCAAGAUAUCGGGCUGGAUGAUGACGAAGAAUAA